CUGUCAUUGAACAGAGUGCCAAUUCAAGCCACCUAGUGGGGGAUGUCCUUCUGCUGUACGGUGUUUAUCGAAUUGCAAAAAGUGCCUGAGGGGUUAUGCUCCUAGAAGGUGGGGAUGUCACUUUAAACCUAGCACUCAAAGCUAUGAAUGCCUUUGCUCCAGAAGCUAAGUUCGACACCUAGUGAGCAUGGUAGCUACUCCAUUUGUGGUGUUGAUGAGGUAAUCUGUUUUUAUUUUUUGAUAUAUAGAAGUGCUUGAUAAUCUUCUCUCGUUUGUAGGCCAAAAGAAAGCUCGCUGCGCUGCAUGAAGGGAUCUUCUACGGCGGAUUCCACACGGGGAGGUUGUCCGUGUUGUUCGCCAAAUGGCCAGAAUGGGACAUGCUCUUUCUCAGGAUUUUGCGGUGUUUCCUUUUUGUCCCACGAGCAAGAAAGUUCUCUAUUUUGGAUCUAAUGGUGUUACUUGGAUGUGUUUUUAUGGUUUAGACUGGGUUUGGACCCAAUCCAUGAUACCUUGAUUUUAAUGAAUUACGGACUAAAUAUGUUCACAAUUGAAAGGUCAAGGACUAAAAUUGAAAUUUAACCGUCUCCUGAUGCCUACCAAUUAUGUUACUCUGUAUGAGUGCACCAUGCUUCGCAGUUUUUGUUAAAAUAUUCUUGACCAACGGAGAAACAGAAAGCCAUUUUAUGCUUUUUAACAGUGUUAAUUAAGGAUGUAGUAUUUGCUCUGCUUGCUGGUUGUAGGGAGGUAUUUGGCUUGAUUUUUCUCACCAUGUUAGGCGAUUAAAAUUUGAAAGAAUCG